GCAACCUGUGUUCUAUUCCCUAAAUCCUAUAAUAUAAUGUCUUCAAUUAGGUCAAUUUCCAAUACACUUGACACUAAAACUUGCUUUGAGCUUCUUAAGACUUGCAAAUCCAUUACAAAACUCAAACAAAUCCAUGCCCAAGUUAUCAUUCUCAAUUUCCACAAACACAUUGGCAUUUUACACAAGCUAUUAGCUUUUACCACUCAUGAUGAUACAGACUUUAAUUACGCCAAGAAAAUCUUUAGUUGCUGUGAGAACCGAACAUUGUUUAUGUACAAUGUAAUGAUUAAAGGGUAUGUGAAAACGGGUCAAUUCAAGAAACCCCUUUUCUUGUUUGAUGAAUUAAGAAUACAUGGCUUGUUUCCUGAUAAUUUUACUUACCCAUUUGUGUUUAAAGCUAUUGGUGAGUUGAAAAUGGUGAAAGGAGGUGAAAAGAUUCAUGGGUAUGUCUUGAAAUCUGGUGUUUUGUUUGAUAACUAUGUGGGUAAUUCUGUUAUGGAUAUGUAUGGUUUGUUUGGUUAUGUGGAGAGUUUGAACAAGGUGUUUGAUGAAAUGCCUCAGAGAGAUUCGGUUGCUUGGAAUAUAUUGAUUUCUGGAUUUGUUAGAUGUGGUAGGUUUCGGGAUGCUGUUGUGGUUUACAAGAAGAUGAGGGAGGAAAAUGGUGCUAGGCCUGAUGAAGCUACAGUUGUGAGUACUUUGUCAGCUUGCGCUGCGUUGAAAAGCUUGGAACUUGGUAGAGAAAUUCAUGGAUAUGUUGUUGAAGAGCUUGAGUUCAGCCUUAUUAUUGGGAAUGCAUUGGUAGAUAUGUAUUGUAAGUGUGGGUGUUUGAUGGUGGCUAGGGAGAUAUUUGAUGAUAUGCCAAUGAAAAAUGUGAUAUGUUGGACUAGUAUGGUGUCGGGGUAUGUUAAUAGUGGUCAAUUGGAUGAAGCUAGAAAGCUUUUUGAGAGGAGUCCAGUAAGGGAUCUAGUUCUGUGGACAACUAUGAUUAAUGGGUAUGUGCAAUUCAAUCGUGUUGAUGAUGCAAUGGACCUAUUUCGUUCGAUGCAAAUGCAGGGAAUUAAACCUGACAAAUACACACUGGUUGCUCUUCUCACUGGUUGUGCUCAGUUAGGAGCCCUGCAGCAAGGGGAAUGGAUUCAUGAUUACAUGAAGGAAAACAGAAUAACUGUUACUGCCGUUGUUGGUACUGCCCUUAUAGAGAUGUAUGCAAAGUGUGGUUGUAUAGAAAAAUCGAUGGAAAUAUUUGAUGAAUUAGAGGAGAAAGACACUGCAUCUUGGACUUCAAUUAUUUGUUCUCUAGCCAUGAGCGGGAACACUAGGAAGGCACUGGAACUGUUCUCAGAAAUGGAACAAGCUGGAUUUCACCCUGAUGAUAUCACUUAUAUUGGAGUGUUAAGUGCAUGUAGCCAUGGGGGCUUGGUAGAAGAAGGUCGCAAGUAUUUCCAUGCAAUGAGUAGGAUUCAUGCAAUUCAGCCAAAAUUAGAACAUUAUGGUUGUUUGAUAGACCUACUUGGUCGUGCUGGGCUCCUAAGUGAAGCUGAAGUAAUGAUAUCUCAGAUACCCAAUAGAGACAAUGAGAUUAUAGUUCCAAUAUACGGGGCUUUGCUCAGUGCCUGCAGAAUUUACGGCAAUGUUGAUGUUGGUGAACGUGUGGCUGAACUGCUCAUGGAGAUUGAAUCUUAUGAUUCUAGCACUCAUACACUUCUGGCAAACACCUAUGCAUCUGCUGGCAGAUGGGAAGAUGUAUUAAAGGUCAGAGGAACUAUGAGGGAUUUAGGUGUUAAGAAGUCACCUGGAUGCAGUUCAAUUGAUAUCAGUGGAAAUGUGCACGAGUUCAUUGUUGGACAUUAAUCCACUUGAAAUGAAAUAUGAUAUUUGUUUGGUAGCAUCUCUUAGCUACUUCUAGGUGCAAGUUCAUACAAGUUUCUGACAGUAGAUAGGUUCAGGAGUACUACAAGCGAGAUGGUCAGCAUAGAUGGGUGAAAAAGCUCCAGCGCUAUUACAUCUCCACUGCAGAGUGGAUACAGACAUGAAGUCUUUCCUCUCUAGCAAUCUGGUUUGCUUGCGACUGCAUUGGUUGAUGAUGGUCUUCAAAAGGUUUGAGUUGAUGGACAGAGAAUAUGGGUCAGCGGUUAGCAUUGCUGAUAUGUCAGGAAGAGUCGGAUGGGUGGUUGAAGCAGUUGUUUUUCCUCAGCAGUUGGGUGAGAAGGGUGAUGUCUUGGGAUUAUCUGGAUUGAUUCUUGCUUCCUACUGAGUUCAUAGACAUCUUGAACCGGAGAAAGUAGUUGCCAGUAAGCUGUGUGAAAUAUCAGAGUAUGCAAAGGAAGGAAAUUGGCUGUCCACCGCAGGUGUUAGAAGGGGAAUGUGCAGAGUGGGUUCGUAAAAGGAGGUUAGCUGUACUUGGAUUGACAUAUCUGACUGUUCUAACUGUUUUAUACCUAAUGAAAAGAAGCAUCCGUGUGCUGCUAAUAUGCUAGAAAACUAGCGAUUAAUAUGAAGAAUGCUGCAUAUAAUUCUAAACUUGACACGACCCAAUUUCUCGAGUCAUGAUGACACCUACUAUAACGCACCAGUAGGUAAG